UCAAGUUUAAGCAGACAAAAUCAAAGUGCUCGAAGUCGACAAAGAGUGAAUGUUUCGUAUAGUUAUUUGAACAGCGGUAAAUCUUCCAGAGCUGCCACUGAAUGAAGCGUCGAUCACAUAGCACUGAAUGCCCCCAUAACAACCCCGGAAAAUGCCGCUAAGCGAUGCGAACUGACAUGGCCCUGCGGUUCCAAAACGCGCACGAACGUCUACUAUUAGGAUGCGCCUGUGAAAUAAAGCAAGAACUACAUUUAUUGGUGGACCAUGAAUUUGUCGACUUAUUAGGAGGCGAGCUGCCGCAGGAAGAUACUCUGCUUGGGUUGACUGUCUUGUACGCGAUGUCCGAAGCCGCACGGGAGGCCUCGCAAACGAAAGCAAUAUGUCCGAUAAUCCAGGAUGCGUUAGUUGCUCUUGUGCAAAAGGAAAUCGUGGGAAGCCUGUUAAGUCUGCAGAUGCUGUCUCCAGACAAGUUUGUCGCCCACUGUUGCUUGCUCACACUCAACUCGUUGGCAAGAUGCGGCAAGGAUCUACAGGAGGCUCUGUUUUGUGCACUAAACAAACGCCUUUGCAUUCUGGGAACUCUUCCGGUUAAUGAGAAAACUCGCUUCUGCCAGCUCAUCACGUUCCUAUUGACAGCAGACACGAGAAGCACUCAUCCAGAAGAAACAACAGAAACAAGCUGCACUGCACUUGUGGCGAAUACCAUGCAAGCCGCCAAUCUGAAUGAUAUCUCAUCCAGCAUCUCGUCUGCUGCUGAGAAGUGCCUGCAUAGCAUGUUCCCAUGCCUUCAGAAUGAAGCACCACACUACACGUUGUACCAGGCACUAUGCCUAUGGCUGAAACUGGUGCAGAAUCAUGCCACUAUGGAUGUGUUAGGUGGCUUGCUACCUCAGUAUUUUGUUAAAUGGUCUGCUGGAAAGGAUCCACUUGUGGCAAGAACAGUACUGGAAAUACUUGACAAAGGUCUGCAGCCCGUCAUUGAAGAAGCCAAAUUUUCCAAAGUUCCACCAUGGGUUCCUCUAAUCGGACAGCAAGUGAUUGAGGCUGUUCAGGGUGGCUGGCUUGACCAGUUACACUGUCGAAAUGGAUUUUGUGGCUUUGCAGGAACUAGCAGGGAGCCUAGCCGCAAGUACCCAGAGCAAGACCUGUCUCUCUCUCAAGGAGACAGGCAGGGUGGUUCGAUUGGCAAUGCUCGUAAUUUUGAAGUCAUCUGCAGCAUGUCUGAUGCAAGGCAUGCAAGAGGGCCUAUCGAAAACCUUGGAGGCUGGUCUUGCUUGGCUUCGGUCGAAAACAGGGGCAGCGGCCAGUACGCCUGAUGCAGACUGUCUCAUGCAGCUAUUCCUCGACCAAGACGAUCAACUAAUAGAGUGUCCUCCUCAGCGAGCUGCUGUUACACUUGCACAAGUCGUCCACUUGGACAGCAACCACAUCAAUUGCAGAUCCACACCGAUAUGUUUCUGAAGUUCCUCAGCUCACUGGGAAAUGACCACGUCACCCUGAUAGACUUUUUGACGUCCCAGGAAACCUGUGCCUUGCUUUACUUUGUGCGAUACCUCAAACUGGUGCUCUCUGACUGGGAUAAUUUUGUGAAGUGCCACAGUGAACUGUCUGUCGGCAGUCACGACACCUCUGGCCAAGCCGCUCGUCUUGACCUGACCAUGGCGACUCUUGUGAGGACACGUAUCAAGUUAGAGAAGAUGACUCAGAAAGACUAUCUUCUGCCCUUUAAUGCAACUCCUCUAGUCAGGUUGAUUGAGAGGUGUGAAGAGAUUUAUG